AUGUCGCUGUUGGUCGAGAAGCAUGUGGCCUUUGUGAAGAAGCUGGAGCAGAAGCGCGACCAGAGUCUCGCGUACCACAUGACGGCGCACCUGCGCAUGAAUGGCGUGUACUGGGGCGUCUGUGCGCUGGCGCUGAUGCGUGCUGGUGACGCGCUCGACAAAGACGCGCUCGUCGAGUUCGUCCUGAGCUGUUUCGACGAGGCGAGCGGCGGAUUCGGGGCGUACCCCCAACACGACGCGCAUAUCCUGAGCACGCUGAGUGCGAUUCAGAUUCUUGCGUUAAAAGACGCGCUCUCUGCGCUCGGUGCGCGGCGCGACAAGGUGGUCGAAUUUGUCCUCGCCCAGCAGCUCCCCAACGGCUCGUUCCAGGGCGACCGCUGGGGCGAAACCGAUACGCGCUUCCUCUACUGCGGCGUGAGUACGCUUGCGCACCUCGGAGCGCUCGACCGCCUCGACAAGGCGCUCACAACCACGUGGAUCAUGAAGUGCGCCAACUUUGACGGGGGCUUUGGCCUGACCGAAGGCGCCGAGAGCCACGCGGCGCAGGUCUUUACGUGCGUCGGCGCACUGUCGAUCCUCAAGUCGCUCGACCUGGUUGACAAGGACAUGCUCGCCUGGUGGCUCGCCGAGCGCCAAGUCCCGCAAGGCGGCCUGAACGGGCGGCCGCAAAAGCUGGAGGAUGUGUGCUACUCGUGGUGGGUCCUAUCAUCGCUCAGCCUUUUGGGGCGGCUGCACUAUAUCGACGGAGACAAGCUCCAGUCGUUUAUCCUCUCUGCGCAAGAUCCUGACGGCGGUGGCAUCGCCGACCGGCCCGACAACGUCGCCGACGUGUUUCAUACCGUCUUUGGCGUGGCGGGCCUCUCGCUCCUCGGCUACGCGGGGCUCGAGGAAGUGGACCCCACUUACUGCAUGCCGCUUGCACUGACGACAAAGCUCGGCAUCAGCCGGCCGUGCCAGCGGCUUGCGAGACGUAAUUAG